AUGGUUAAACACCUGAAGUUCAUUGCCUGGACUGUGAUGGUUCACGAGGGGAACGUGGAAGGUGCAUACAGGACCCUGACCACAAUCCUCACUAUUGAUGGGCUUACAGAAGUCAUAAAGCAAAGGCACUACUGUAAGACCUCCUGCCGCCGCUGCCAGCGGGAGAGCUAUGAAACAUGCCGGAGGAUCUACAACAUGGAAAUGGCUCAAAAGAUUAACUUCUUGAUGCGAAAGAACCGGGCAGAUCCAUGGCAGGGCUGGUAA